CCCCACUCACCCGACCCCCGAGCUUCUGUGCGCCCAAGAGGGCUCUGCCCUUGGCGACCUCAGCAAGUUCUGCCGCGCUCAGGUGGCACAGACGAUCAGGCGCCCUAGCCACCCCAAAACAGUGCCAGCCUCCGUGUACCUGCGGCCCCCAGCUGGAGGCAGCCCACCCAGGACCAGGCGUGACGGGCGACGGCGAGGCUGGCCGCCCGCAGAAGCGCGGCGCGCAGGAGGUGGCGCGCCGGGUGAGUGGCUCCGGGCGGCGAGGGCGGGGGAGCCGAGCGUGGAGGUGACUCCGGGCGGCCGCCGAAGCCCUCCUCCUCCUCCUGCUUCUCCUCCUUUCCUCGCUCCUCUGGCGGCCGCUCCCGCUCCAGCUGCGGUUCCGCGACCACAUCUGGGGCGCCCAUGUGCGCUCGGGGGCUCGGCUGCACCCGUCCCGCCGCCGCCCCCGCAGCCCCCUGCCCGCAGGGUGGCCCCGGGCCAAGCCAGGGUCCCGGGCCCUCCGGAGUCCGCCUCGCCGGGCAGCGCCGGGGCUUGCUCCGCAUCCAGUUUGGACGCCUCCGACCCCGCGGUGGCUCCGCUGUGUUGCGGGGCCGGCGGCUCCUGCUUCCCCGGGCCCGCGCGCCCCGCCGCGCCCUGCGCCAGCCCUGAGGGCCCGGGGAGCGGAGCCCCGGCGGGGGCCGAGGCGGGGACAGUGCCGCCGGGCUCCAGGGCUCCGACUCCUCCUCCCCCUGCGCCGCCGCUCGCGGCGCAGCGGGGUCCUAAAGCCGUGCGUCUCAAGAGGAUGGUGCGCCUGGCGGCCGAGUUGCUGCUGAUCUUGGGGCUGCUGCUGCUCACGCUGCACAUCACGGUUCUGCGCAGUUCCGGAGCCGCCGACGAGCUUAACGCGGCCCCGGGCAACACCAGCCAGGACCAGCUGCAGAAUAACCUUAACCUGGAAAGUAACUCCGCAUCAGAAACCAGCUUUCCUCUCUCCAAAGAAGUACCAGGGGCACCUCUUGAUCACCAAGCUGCACAUCAGCCCUUCCCCAGACAGCAAUUCCCACCAGAGACUGGGCACCCCUCCUUGCAAAGAGAUGGCCCCAGAUCCUUUCUCCUGGACUUGCCAAACUUUCCAGAUCUUUCCAAAGCUGAUAUCAAUGGGCAGAAUCCAAAUAUCCAGGUCACCAUAGAGGUGGUCGACGGUCCAGACUCUGAAGCAGAUAACGGUCAGCAUCCGGAGAAUAAGCCCAGCUGGUCAGUCCCGUCCCCCGACUGGCAGGCCUGGUGGCAGAGGUCCUUGUCCUUGGCGAGGGCCAACAGCGGGGACCAGGACUACAAGUACGACAGUACCUCAGAUGACAGCAACUUCCUCAACCCCCCCAGGGGGUGGGAUCGUCCGGCCCCAGGCCACCGGACUUUUGAAACCAAAGAGCAGCCAGAAUAUGAUUCCACAGAUGGAGAGGGUGACUGGAGUCUCUGGUCUGUCUGCAGCGUCACCUGCGGGAAUGGGAACCAGAAACGAACACGGUCUUGUGGCUAUGCGUGCACUGCGACAGAAUCUAGGACCUGUGACCGUCCAAACUGCCCAGGCAUUGAAGACACUUUCAGGACAGCGGCCACUGAAGUGAGUCUGCUUGCGGGAAGCGAGGAGUUUAAUGCCACCAAGCUGUUUGAAGUCGACACAGACAGCUGUGAGCGAUGGAUGAGCUGCAAAAGUGAAUUCCUGAAGAAGUAUAUGCACAAAGUGAUCAAUGACCUUCCCAGCUGCCCCUGCUCCUACCCCACGGAAGUGGCCUACAGCACCGCAGACAUCUUCGACCGCAUCAAGCGCAAGGACUUCCGCUGGAAGGAUGCCAGCGGGCCCAAAGAGAAGUUGGAGAUCUACAAGCCCACAGCCCGCUACUGCAUCCGGUCUAUGUUGUCGCUGGAGAGCACCACUCUGGCUGCCCAGCACUGCUGCUAUGGCGACAACAUGCAGCUCAUCACCCGAGGCAAAGGGGCAGGGACGCCCAACCUCAUCAGCACCGAGUUCUCCGCUGAGCUGCACUACAAGGUGGACGUGCUGCCCUGGAUCAUCUGCAAGGGUGACUGGAGCAGGUACAAUGAGGCACGGCCGCCCAACAAUGGUCAUAAGUGCACCGAGAGCCCCUCGGACGAGGACUACAUCAAGCAGUUUCAGGAGGCCAGAGAGUAUUGACAGGACGGCAAGGUGCAUAGUGCCACCUCCAGUUUUGAGGCACAAAUAUACACAUGGAUCACCCAGGUCUUCCCGUGUGUUUAAGUAUAUCCACAUGAGUGUUUUUAUGAAUUACACGGGGGAUGUGCACGAGUCUGUACAACCACCAUAAGCAGCCACCCUUACCAUGCACAGCCCUCUGUGGAGGUGGCCUCAUGGGCAGGAGGCUGGGACACCAGCACAGCCAGAAGAGAAACCCUGGAGGCUCAGAGGUAUGAUCCAGUGUUUCUAGACACACAAAGGAGGAAAGAGACUGAAGCUGUAAACAUUAUAAGCAGUUUUUAUAUAUAACUUAUUUAAUACGAAUGUGACUCAAGCUUAACAUUUUCUCUGGAGUUAUCAUUGUAAAGCUAUUUAAUCAUUUCUGUGAGGAUCAGAAAGAACGGGGUCUAGGGAAAUGAGAGAAAAAUUUUGCAUUGGUUUCCUUACAGAGAAAUAGUGCAAUGGAAACAUAGCAAAACAAGAAAAUGUCCACCUUAAACCAAAUGUUAUACGGCACCUUGCUGGAGUCUCAGAUUCCAAAUUUCUCUUGCCUUAGACUGGGUAUUUGUUUAGGGGCAAAUCUGAGCCCUGGUUUUAAAUAGGCUUUAAAGUAAGAGAUGAAUGUUAGCAUAAUGCUAUGGCCCCCAAACAGUAGAAUUUCUGCUGAUGUCUUAGGUUCAGAAGAUUGCAGGAAGUUCAGACAUAAAAGGAGUAGCACUUUUCCAAAGGAAAAAAGCAAAAGAAAUGCAAAAAGGACAUGGACCUCAUUUCAUCUAACAGUGUUUUCUCCACUGGUAUAUCCACAGUAGAUAAAAUAUAAAAAAGGAAAGGGGAGCCAAAGUUUGAGAAAUCCUAAUUUUUUUAUGUUUUAAGAAAGAAGAAAACUGCAUUAUUUUUGUAAAGUAUUUAUUGAGUCAUUGGGUCUUAUGCAUCAAGCAAUUGUAAGAUGAUCUGGUUCUGUAAGACAAAUAAAGAUUGGUUUCCUAUGCAGUAUCUUACUUGCAAAACUCCAGGAAAAGAGAAUAUAUAAUAAAAUCAUAAUAAAAUA